CUUUUAUAUCGUAACGAAUCAAGUAAGACAAGUAGGCGGUUGUUAAUGUGUUAAAUGAGAAGGAAGAGGUCGGCGUUCUAAGUCGCCGUUCCUCGCCCUCUGGUGCUGCCUGCGUCGGGAAAUGGCGAAGAGGAGUGCGAGGAGUACUACAUCAUCUACUUCUAAUGUCGGCGACGGUAAAACAGUGAAUAGGAAAAAGAAGAGGCCUAAAUCGAAGGCAAUGAAACGACGGGAGACGAAAAUUGAAGCCAUGAAACCUAAGAAACCACCUACGGCGUUUUUCUACUUCUUGGAGGAUUUUCGAAAGGAAUACCAAGAGCAGAAUCCAGAUGUUAAGUCAAUGAGCCAUAUUGGAAAGGCCUGUGGGGAGAAGUGGAAGACAAUGACAUACGAGGAAAAGGUACAUUAUUAUGAUGUUGCUACAGAAAAACGAAGAGAGUUUGAUAUAGCUAUGGCAGAAUUUAUUCACAAAAAAGAAAAUGGGGAGUUUGAUGCGUUCGAUCCUGACCUCGAGGAUGACUCUGAGUUUGAAAUAUGAGGAUAUUAUUACUCAUUACUUGUGCUAUGCAUUCAUUCAUUAGACAAUCUGCAGGUUUGUUUGGAUGUGCUUUGGGAUGUUUUGGUGUUUUUGAUGUUAUCCUAUCUUUUUGUUUUUGGCUAUCUUUUAUAAUUAUACUUAAUUUAUUUAUGAUAAAUAAUUUUAUUUACUUAUUUUAAAUAAUAAUAAUUUGUUACUAUUUUUUUCUA